AUGGCACUGGCCAAUAGCGAGCUCGACGAGCUCGCUAUGUGGGACGGGUUCACCAUCCAGCUUCACGAGUCGGCGCUCGCGCAGGGUAGGCCGGCGACUCCUCCGGCCAUGCUGACGCGUUCCAAUGACCGCGCGCCGACUUCAGCUCCUUCAACAGCCUGGGCAUUCCUCGAACAAACCCAGCUUCUACAUUGUUCACAUCCCCGUCCUGCAAACAGCGGCACCUUGCAUGUCGCUGCGCAAUGCCCCGAGAGCCAUGCCGUGAAGCUCCUCACGGUGAAGCGUUCCUUCUCCUUCACCGACGUCAUCAACAACGAGCCGACGGCGGCCACCAAGACACUGCCAUCGUGGAGAGAAGGCACUGACUGCUGCCGCUGGGAGGGCAUCGGCUGCGACAAUGCUACCGGGUUCGUUACUCUCGUCGACCUCUCGAACCGGAACCUGCAGAUCAGUCGCCUUCCCUCCGACCUUUUCAGGCUUGCAUCUCUCCAAUACCUCAACCUUGCCUGCAACACGAUUACCAGCUCCCAGCUUCCGGUGCCCGGCUUCGAGAGCUUGACACAGCUGACCUACUUGAACCUGUCAAACUGCAACUUUGUUGGCCAGGUCCCGAUCAGUAUCUCACGGCUCACCAACCUCGCUACUCUCGACCUUGGACACAACCCUCUCUUGAAGCUCCAUCGUCUGUCCAACAUAGUGGCUAGCCUGAGCAAGCUCAAGGAGCUCCAUCUCGAUCAAGUUAACAUCACCGCCACAGCAUCUGAGUGCUUCAACGCGCUUGCCAAACAUGUCCCUCUUCUUCAGAUCCUUAGCCUAAACGGAUGUGGCCUCUCUGGUCCAAUCGUCCCAUCCUUAUCAACACUUCACUCCUUAUCGGUGAUUGAUCUUGGUGCAAACUGCUUGACCGGACCUCUGCCCGAUUUGUUUUCCCCAUCUAACUUCCCUUUGAUAACAGUACUUGUACUCGCCGAUAACAUAUUCGAGCCCGGACCAUUCCCUCUUGGGAUCACUGGGCUGAAAAAUCUCAUGAUUCUCGAUCUUAGGGCAACGAACCUCGUUGGCGUCAUUCCAGACUCCAUUGGGAACCUCACGUCAUUGACCAAAUUAUACCUCCGCCUGAACUAUUUCUCCGGUGGGCUGCCUCAGAUCCUCAGCAAUCUAACACACUUGACCAUACUGGACUGUGGAUAUUCUGGCUUGUCUGGGCGGAUUCCAUGGCUCACCAGCUUAACGCACCUGGAAAGCGUAUGGCUUGACCACAGCAGCUUCACUGGUCCGGUACCUCUCGACGGACAGCUUUACCCUUAUCUCUCGCACGUGGAUUUGAGCGAUAAUUCACUCUCUGGGACAGUACCGGCAUCCUUGUUCACCCAGCCAGCAUUGCACGAACUGUACCUCCAUAUGAACAAUCUCUCUGGUGCUAUUGAGGAAUUCCAGAAUCCAUCGUCGACGCUGGCUUACGUUUACUUGAACCAAAAUCAGCUGACAGGUGCAAUUCCAACUUCUGCUUCGCAACUCGCCGCUCUUGAUACCCUGCAACUUGACCACAACAAUUUCACUGGAACCUUGGAUCUAAACCCGUUCCUAAUGCUAAGGAACCUCAGUCGUUUAUCAGCCUCCUAUAACCCUUUGUUAUCUGCGUCCGGGGAUGGCAAUGAAGGCCAUGCUAAUAGUAGCAUUUCCUUCCUGGAUCUAUCAUACUGUAACCUAACCAGGUUGCCCGGUGCCCUUAGGUAUUUACCUAGACUAGAUUGUCUGGAUCUCUCUCGCAACCAAAUUAGUGGGGAGAUACCUGACUGGAUUUGGAGAAACAUGAGCAACUUGAUGCUGCAUCACAACCUGUUCACAACGGUUGAGCAGCCCAUGGACCAUGUUCAUAUAUCGAUCGUCGAUCUUAGCUUCAAUAAGCUCCGUGGCACGGUGCCUUUCCCUUACGGUGGGUACAUGCUUGAUUAUUCCAACAACAAAUUCUCUUCCAUCCCUUCAGGCAGCUUUCUUCGGCAGUUCAAAAGCACCUACUCCGUCGACCUGUCAAACAAUGAAUUAAGUGGGACUAUCCCAUAUGCGGACUGUCAUAGUCAUGAUGCGCUCCAGAUACUCGAUCUAUCCGGCAAUAAUCUCAGCGGGUUGGUGCCGCCUUAUCUUCUGAAAGGGUGCAAUGACCUGGAGGUGUUGAAUCUGAGGGGGAAUCGCCUUGGCGGGACAUGGCCCGAUGACAUGGACGAAUCAUGUAAUCUGAAGCUCGUGGAUUUACAUGGCAACCAGAUGGAAGGACGCCUGCCAAGAUCGCUGGCUCGGUGCCAAUACUUGGUGGCACUUGACGUUGGUGGAAACCAUUUUUUGGAUUCUUUCCCGUCAUGGCUAGCUAAGCUACCGGAGCUUCGGCUACUUAUCUUGAGACACAACAAAUUUCAUGGCCCAGUGAGCAUCCCUGCGCUUGACUUUGGAGAUCAGACUGCAGUUGGUUACUUCAGUCGUGUACAGAUCAUUGAUCUUGCAGGAAACGGCUUCAGCGGUGAUCUAGCCUCAGAUUUCUUCAAGGGUUUUGGGUCCAUGGUUUGGGACCCCAGCGCCAACGGAACUGCGGACUAUGAGGACACACUGUAUGCUUCAGCUGGGAGAUCGAGCUAUCAGGUGGCGGUGGAUGUCGCCAUGAAGCAACAAUACAUGCGGGUGGCAAAAGUACGGACUGACCUGGUGGUGAUUGACCUGUCGAGCAACCGGUUCAGCGGCUUCAUCCCCAGGUCAAUCGGCAACCUGACGUCCCUGCUCGUGGUAAACUUGUCUCGCAACGCCUUCGCAGGUGGGAUCCCAGGCGAGCUCAGUCAGUUGGCCCGGAUUGAGUCACUAGACCUAUCAUGGAACUAUCUCACAGGGGAGAUCCCGCGAGGUUUGGCAAUGUUGACGAGCCUCGAGUGGCUCAACCUCUCCUACAAUGAUCUCAGUGGGAGCAUACCUCCGGGCCCCCAGUUUUCGACCUUCUCCACCAGCUCCUUCCAAGGCGGAAACAGAGGGUUGUACGGGUGCCCGCUUCCUGUCAAAUGUAAGCUCGCGAUCGUGCUGCCUCCGCCGACUUUGCCACCUCCGGUGUCUGAAGCGUCACCAGCUGACCUUAUCAUGUUGGGCCUUUUCGUUGGUGCAGGCUUCGGAGUCGGAUUUCUACUGUCAAUCACGUGGCAGUUUGGUUUCAGUUCUCGGGGAAACAAAAUGGCACUUCAGUUCUCGGAGUAA